AUGAACUUUAAUGGUGUUGUGCUUAAAAAUGAAUCACAGUGGGCCAGAAAUGCAACAAGCCCCGGACUAGAAAUUGCUUCCUAUAUAACAAAUAUGGAAUCAGCCAAGCUGAUCAAACUGAUGUAUCGUGGCGAGCGUGUCGGCGAUUGGACUGUAGAGGAAACGAAGCGUUAUGAGCUGGGCAUCGUGCAUUACUUCCAAAAGUAUAAGAGAAAAAGUGCCGGAGCUAAAGACAGCUUGGUUACCUUUUAUAAAGAAAGACAAAGAAAUCGUUAUUAUUCUCGAAAAGUUAUUGAUUCGGUGCUUCGAAUUUUCAGUGUCUAUAAACCGAAACAUAUUCGUGUAAUGAUUGUUUCAUUCGAAUAUGUCGAUGCCGAGAUCACACGUGCUGGCCUAAGUAUGCUUCCGUAUUUGAUUGUUGGUUUUGUAAUAAUGUCAUUUUGUUCAACGAUUUCGACGCUUCUCAGCGCUGCAUAUAUGCAACAAAUGAAUCUUCAUAAAGUUAGUAAUUCUAAUGGUCAAUUGGUACUGGCUUGUAUUCUGAAACAAUUCUCGGAUGAUUUACUCUCAUUCUUGCGGUAA